AAACGUUAACCUGAUUGGGUAGAAAGCUCUGUCCCAACAGGCGAGGCUUCUUCAUAAUAACCUUCUCCGCGAGAUAAUGAGGUAAAAGACUUCCCCCGUCUGUGGUGGCGGCAGUUAGCAGCAGCAGCGGUGGCGGCAGCAACAGCAACAGCAACGGCGGGAGUACCAGUAGACGCCGCUGCCGCCGCCACCGCCUUCAGCGAGCGAGCGAGCGAGCGAAGAGCGAGCGCUCCUGCUCUCUUUUCUUCUUUUUCUCUUCUCUCUCUCUCUCUCUCUCUCUCUCUCUCACUUGGUGGGUCCCGGCAAUCUCCCGAAGGUGAAUCCAAGCAAGAGAAAAGGUGCCGAGAGCCCGCCGGAGGCUCACAAUGCCUUAGUCCUGGGAGAGAAGCGCUGAGAGCAAGCGAGGCGACGGGCGAGACAGACGCACUCUGAGGGAAAGAGAAAGAACGCGCGCCAAAGCGGCCUGCCUGCGAGACACUGGAACAGCGGGGAGAAGAAGGUGACAGGGGCAAGACGAGGAGCCGCGCUCUCGGGAAAGAGUAUCUCGACCCAGGCAAGCCCCCGACCCGGGGCGUUGAAGGACCAGAGCGGGGGAGGGGGCGUGGGAGAGGGAGAGGGAGGAGUUGGAGGAGGGGAACCCACCGGUCGGGACUAUGGAGAGGGCGCUAAGCCUGGCUUCAGACGAAGACUUGUUCCACAAGAGCCUCAGCGCCUCGGCCAAGAGAAUGGAAUCUGCCUUUCGUUCACCCCCGGGGCUCGACCUGGCCGCCCACCAGCAACAGCAGCGCGAGUCGCGGCAAGCGCCGUCGCCUCUCAGCUGCUACGAGCCGGCCGACUCCGAGGUGCUGCUGAGGGAGAGCGCGGCGGGGGCACUGGUGGCCGGGGACCCGCUGGGCGGCUCGGUCUGCGUCAAGUACGGGCAGACCACGACCAGCCGCAGCUCGGUGGCCGAGAGCAGCGGCGGCGAGCAAAGCCCGGACGACGACAGCGACGGGCGCUGCGAGUUAUUGCUGCGGGGCCCCGGCGGGGGUAGCGGCUCCGGAGUCGUCGUCAGCUCUGGGGGCGCCCUACUCAAGGCGCCGGAGGGCGGCGCCUGCUCCAGUAGCCACCACGGCAGCGGCGGCGGCAAGAAGUCCAAGGAGCAGAAGGCGCUGCGGCUCAACAUCAACGCCCGCGAGCGGAGGCGCAUGCACGACCUGAACGACGCGCUCGACGAGUUGAGGGCUGUCAUCCCUUACGCGCACAGCCCCUCGGUGCGGAAGCUCUCCAAGAUCGCCACGCUUCUCCUGGCCAAGAACUAUAUCCUUAUGCAGGCGCAGGCCCUCGAUGAGAUGCGCCGCCUUGUCGCUUAUCUCAACCAGGGCCAGGCUCUUUCGGCGGCCUCGCUGCCCUCUUCAGCGGCGGCUGCAGCGGCCGCGGCGGCCGCUUUGCACCCGGCUCUCGGGGCCUAUGAGCAGGCGGCGGCAGGCUACCCUUUCAAUGCCGGCCUGCCGCCCGCCACCUCUUGCCCGGAGAAAUGUGCCAUUUUCAAUAGCGUCUCGUCCAGUCUCUGCAAACAGUGCACGGAGAAGCCUUAAAAGAGACACGAACUUCUGUCCGAUCCCUUCAUCGUUCGUCACAAUACUUCCUUGGCCGGACUUUGCUGCAGCCGCCUUUAAGGGGAUGGUCAUGGGGAUGAUGUGGGGAGUUCAGUGCAACCGACGCCUCAGAGAAGUUUAACACACUCAAUCGCAUUUCCCCCCCGAAAAGAUGUAUGGGGGGGGGAGGGUGAAAUGUGAUCAUGGAGAACUCGAAGAUUCGGAGAAAAUCUGUAUGCCACAUCGUUUCUUUAAGACUUCCAACUUUUGACAACUUUUGCUAUCGGCAACCAAGGUUUGGAAGAUUGCUCGGUUUCAGCAAGGGAAACAGGUGGCAGGAAGCAAACUGGAUUGUAAACUCAGACAAAUCAAGAAGGGCACUUAAAAGGGGGUUUUAAAAAAUGCUAUUUUAUUUCAUUGCUUCUGAGCCAGAGAACAUGCAAACUUGAAACGUAGACUUCCUAAAAUUAGAUAUGUGCAAAAAUUGCUCUGAAAUUCCUUGCAUUUUUAUUUGUUCUGAACUUUUGAGCCUGUGAAAAUGAGCAAAGUUUUGGCAGAGAGUGUUUACUUAAGAAGAUGUAAAAACUGUUCACAUGGCUGAAGUAUUGCAGGUUUAUUAUUAUUUUUAAAGAUGUGCACCUUGUUUCUUUUCACUUUGCAAUGCUAUGUGUACCAGAACACAUAUUUAUUUCAGUGAUCUUUUCAUGACAAUGUUCAUCCUGUGUUAAAAGUUAUGUGUGCUUUUUACUUUUCAAAUGCUUCUUUAAAAUCUCAUUAACUUAAACUUUGUGCCAAGUGUUUAAAAUAUUUGAUUUGCCAAGGAUGUUCGAACCAGAAAUCUUGAUGUAUCCAAACUGCUGAGGUUUAUGAAAGGUCAUCUGGAUUUUUAAGUUGCAUCAUCCCUGUAUUUAUAAAUUGAGCUUUAAUAAAUUGCUUCAGUCCAAAAAUGAGGGGAGAAGUGUUUUCUUAACUGCUGAAUGAACUGGACUGUGGUGAAUAAACAAACUUUUUGCAACAUGCAAAAAAAAUGUUUUAAUUACUAUCACCAUAAGACACAGGCAAUAGUUCUUGUCAAGAAUAUGCCAAAGACUUUUCAUGUGGCAGUGUUUGAUUUUUCUGGAAUAAAGCUAGUUUUUUUAAAAAUGUAAAAGUUAUUUUAGGUGAAAGUAGACAUUUCAGUUUUAUAAGAAGGGUUACAUAUAUUUUACCUUCAGAAUGAUAGAAAUUGGAAAAAUAAAGGAGUGUUUACUUCAAAAAUAUAUUUGAAAAUUAAUACUAUAGUUUUGUUUUCUCAUACAGUUCAAAACAAUUUAAGUUGAAGUGUAUGAAUUUUAAACUGAUCCAGUUAAAUGAAACCCAGUGUUCCUCUUAAUCGUAGCCACAUUUAUUUGUAGGUGCCCCACUGAUUCCAAUAUUUUUUUCCCCUUUGGUUAAGCAUACUUGGCACUGUAAGAUGAAAAAUAACUUUUAAUCUGUGCCAACCAAACAGGCUGUGAUAAGUAACUAAGAUUUUAUUUAAGUAAUUUUGUUUCCAACUGUAAAAGUAAUACCAAUGAAUUAAACUGGGUGAAACGUUUAAUUUAGACCUGGGCCUAAAUCUAACUCUGUUUACAUUAAUAUGAUUUGGGGCUAGGACAAAUAAUGGGAUAUGAACUGUUGUUGGACAGAACUGGUCUAUAGAUACAGGUCUUAAUAAGUACAGCUCCUGAAAACCUUUAUCUUCUGUGCUUCUGCCCCGAAAUCUUUGAGAUUUGGUAUUUCCAGCUACUUCCUAUAAUCCAAAUUUGAUCUCCCAGCUUUGGAUAGGCAAAACGACUGCUUUGAAAACUCCUUGGCAGGUCAAGGACAUAUAAAGAGUGGUCUACAUGA